AUGCUCUUCAUCGGCACCAUCACGCGUAUGAUCGAGGGCGACAAAUACAAAAACCAGCGCGCACCCGCAGCUUACCCUGCCGCUGUAGGCGUCCCUAUGCCAAUGCAAAACGUCUCUUGCAACUGCCACGGAGACCGCUUCUGCUCAGCGUGCUCACCUCAACACUACCACGCGGCUGGCGUGGUGCCGAUGGUGGCCGCCGCGCCCGUCAUGUCCCACCACGACGCUAGGCGGGAGUGGCGAUACGAGCGGCGCGCCAUGAGGGAUUCUCGGCGGGCUGCGAGGCACGGCUACGGCUACGGCUACCCCGUCGCGGUGCCUGUCGCGAACAGCUAUGGUGUUGGCAACAGCGCCUACGCCCGCGACUAUUAUGAGGCCGGCCCGUCGUCCUCGCGGGCUUCGCCGGAGCGGAGGCAGGAUGAGUACUGGGAGGACGAGGGCUUUGCAACGCCGGCUGGCUUGACUGCGGGGCACAUUGAUAGGGAGCAGCGCGAGGCAUCACCGCCAAAGUACGAGCCUGGCAAUUGGCAGCCGCGCAGGACGUCCGUGGAGGUGUUGACAGAGGGCAAGAGGACCUACUAG